AUGACUUCAGGUGUAACAUUAGGUGAAAAUGUCUUAUCAACGUACGAUGAUUGCCAGCUGCGCCAUAAAUACAAAUUUAUACUUUUCAAAUUGAAUGAUAACAAAACCCAAAUUGUGGUUGAAGAUGCAGUUACAGAAGGUUCUUAUGAAGAUCUUCUUGCCCGAUUACCAGAAGAUGAUGGACGUUUUGCUGUCUAUGAUUUCCAAUAUUUCACCGCGGAUGGCGGUGAAAGAAAUAAACUGGUUCUCAUUGCAUGGGUACCGGAUACUGCAAAGAUUAAAGUAAAGAUGGUGUAUGCCAGUAGUAAAGAAAACCUCAAGAAAGAAUUAAAUGGUAUUCACUUGCAUGUUCAAGCAACAGAUAAAGAUGAAUUGGACAAGGAUGAUAUUUUGAGUAAAUUGUCAGCUGGUGGCAGCAAAUAA